CUCUCUCUGCCGGGACUUUGCGAGAGGCCGCGUUUCCAUUUGGGAGGAGGCGGCGGCGGUUUGGUGGGUGAGUGGGUGGGUGGACGGACACGGAUGGUGUUGGUGUUUAAACGUGCGUUGUUGUUGUUGUUGUUGUGUUCCCCAGAGAUGUUUUGAGGAGAAGCUGCUGUGUCUGUCGGGAGGUGUGUGUGUGUGUGUGUGUAGGAGGAGGAGGAGGAGGAGACGGCCUCUGACGUGGCGCUGACAUGGAGCCGAACGAGGAAAUAGAUAUGGAAGUUAUGAAACCUCUUAUAGAAGCAACGCAUAGUUCCGAAGAAAUAUCAGAUGAAGAACAUGAGCCUGAUUUAACAGGGAUGCAUUCACAAGAGUUUGGUGAUCAACAGGGCAUAACGUUUACUCAAACACUUGUUCAUUUGUUGAAAGGAAACAUUGGCACAGGAUUGCUAGGUUUGCCUCUCGCAAUCAAAAAUGCAGGUCUUGUGCUUGGACCAGUCAGUCUUGUGUUGAUGGGCAUUGUGGCAGUUCACUGUAUGCACAUUGUAGUACGCUGUAGUCAUCAUUUCUGCCAAAGGCUUAAAAAACCAAGCCUGAGUUAUGGUGACACAGUGACUUGUGCCAUGGAACAUGCACCAUUCCACACCCUUCGAACCAAGGCUUCAUGGGGAAGGGCAACUGUCGACUUCUUCCUCAUUGUUACGCAGCUGGGAUUUUGCUCGGUUUAUUUUGUGUUUCUCGCUGUUAAUAUGAAACAGGUGGUAGAAGGAUUUCUGAGGAAUCAUACGGAGUACAAUAACCUCAACAGCACUGAAAAUAGACCUGAAGACUGGAAUUUUGACUCGAGGAUCUAUAUGCUGUUUUUACUUCCCUUUCUGAUCUGCUUUGUGUUCAUCCGUGAUCUGAAAUACCUUGCAGUGUUCUCCUUCCUGGCUAAUCUUGCUAUGGCAGCCAGCCUCGUCAUUAUCUAUCAAUAUAUUAUGUGGGACAUAACUCAUUCAGGGAAACUCCCUCUGGUUGCCAGCUGGAAAAAGUACCCACUUUUUUUUGGGUCUGCAAUAUUUGCUUUUGAAGGAAUUGGUUUGGUGCUUCCUUUAGAAAAUAAGAUGAAGCAACGGAAACAAUUCCCACAAGCACUGAACAUUGGCAUGUUCAUCGUCCUUACUUUGUAUGUUUCUUUGGGAACCAUUGGGUACAUGCAUUUUGGUGAUGACGUUCAGGGCAGUAUUACGUUAAAUCUUCCACAGCACAUAUGGUUAUACCAGCUGGUGAAAAUCCUCUACUCCUUCGGGAUCUUGGUGACGUACACAGUCCAGUAUUACGUACCAGCGGAAAUCAUCAUUCCAAUUGUCUCUGCACGAGUAAGCGAGAGACGGAAACUACUUUGGGAUUUUGUGGUCCGAGCUCUUAUUGUUUGCCUAACCUGUGAGUAAACUUCCACGCAUUUUGAUGAUUAAAACAACACACUUUCCUUGGGCUGCAGAAAAAAUCCUAAUGCACUGCAGUGAGCUGAAUUUGCUACUGGAACAUUUUGUUCUGAUAUUCUAGAUUAUUGGUAAGAAUGCACAUAAAACC